CCAGCAGGACACUUUACAGCCAGAAACACAAGCAACAUGGACCUCGCUCUCCUCUGCAUGGUCCUGCCGUUGUUCACGGUGGCUUGGGGCCAAUACAUGGACUAUUAUGACCCGUAUAGUGACUACAGGGGCAGCGACGAAUGGGUCAAUGUGUACCGGCAGGGUUUCAAUUUCCAGUGCCCUCAUGGGCAAGUGAUAGUGGCCGUGAGGAGUACUUUCAGCAAAAAGGAAGGCUCUGACAGGCUGUGGAACUAUGCCUGCAUGCCCACCCCUCACACAAUGGGAGAGCCCUCAGAGUGCUGGUGGGAAGAGAUCAACAGAGCUGGACUGGAAUGGUAUCAAACAUGCUCAAAUAAUGGGUUGGUGGCAGGAUUCCAGAGCCAAUAUUUUCCAUCGGUGCUUGAUCGAGAGUGGCAAUUCUAUUGCUGCCGCUACAGCCGGAGAUGUCCAUAUUCAUGUUGGUUGACAACAGAACACCCAGAACACUACGGGGAAGAUAUGGACAUGAUGAUGUAUUCCUAUGAUCAUUACAUCCGUGGAGCAGCCACAACUUUCUCUGGUGUGGAAAGGGAUCGCCAGUGGAAGUUUAUUAUCUGCAGGAUGACGGAUUUUGACUGCCAGUUUGACAAUUUUAAGAAGAAGUGAAUAUGUGCCAUGCUUCUGGGGGUGGGGUGGUAGGGGGGAUG